AUGAAGGAAGACCCAAGCCGGAUAACAUUGAAAGCAAAAAUGGAAGGGGACUUGAGCGCUGUUUUACCAACACUGGAAGGCCAUACUGAAUCGGUGUACCUAGUGGUAUUCUCGCCAGAUGGACAGCGUCUGGUGUCUGUCUCAUACGAUAAGACGGUCAAGAUCUGGGAUACAGGAACGGGCACUUGUCUCAAGACACUCGAGGGCCAUACUAACUCCGUGACGUCAGCAGUAUUCUCGCCAGAUGGCCGGCGUCUGGCAUCUAGCUCACGUGAUACAACGGUCAAGAUCUGGGAUACAGGAACGGGCACUUGUCUCAAGACACUAGAGGACCAUACUGAAGCGGUGUUUUCAGUAGUAUUCUCGCCAGAUGGCCGGCGUCUGGCUUCUGGCUCACUCGAUACGACGGUCAGGAUCUGGGAUAUAGGAACGGAUGCGCGCUAUUUGCCGGUUUCCUUUACCAAGCUUUUACUUCACCGUAUUGGAAGUGCCUAG